GUCAGUUUUACUGUCAAUUUGUUGCAGACGUGAUGAACAUCGUAGUGCGAUGUUAAAUGACGUUCGAAAUGAUAUGAGGUUAUCGAUGAACAAGCAUUCAACCGAUCUGUAACUAUAACUAUCCCAAAAUGUAAGUGUGUUACGUGCUGAGCAGUUUGGCUUGGGCAAUUUUACCUAAGUCAGUCGAUUGCAAACCCGAAGGACACAGUUGUUUGCGGAAACUCAGAUGUGUUGGACACUUAAAUGUUGUUUCACAUCAAGAAAUGGACAAAAAUAUGCAAAGGAUGCGAAGUCAAGAUGUUAACCCAUGCAUUGAAGAAAGUGAUGGCUCGCAGAAAUGUUUGGAUGCCAAUAACUAUGACAAGACCAUGUGUUCUGCAUAUUUUCUGAGAUACAAAAACUGCAGAAAAUAUUGGCACAACAUCAUGUUGAAUAGGAGAAGAGACGGUGUGAAGCCUGACAUGCCCACCGCCGAGGAGCGGCAGGAGAUACUAGCGGCAAUUGGAGGCAAGCCUUACUAAGGCUGACCAUGCAGAAUGAAACACUGGAAUGGUGUGUUGAAAACAUGUUCCAGUGAAACUCUGGGAGAGACAUUUUCUUCAUGAAAUGUUGAGGGCUCCACACCUAACCAUUAUGAAGUUAACGUUGCCCCAGGAGGUGCCUCUGCCACAAGUUUGUGCAGCUUACCAAUGUUGGUGGCAGGGAUAUGUGUCAAGUAUUGGGAUUCGGGCUAUGAAUGGGUGUUGCUGGUUAGUAUGUAUGGGAAAUGCACUGCAAUUUGUCUUGACAAAUCCACAUUGUCAUUGUCUUUCAAGAAAGAAUUUAAGACAUACCUUCAUUUGCAAUCCUUGUGAUCUCUUAAAAUAUAUUUUUAUUUAUUAGUAAAGAUUAUUAAAAUAUUGGUAUGUUGUCUGUACCUGGGUCUGUAAAUGUGACCUGUGACUGCUCUGACUAAUGCUGUACAGUUUGGCCUUGCAAAUGCAAGGCUUAACAGUUGGCCUUAUUCAGAUUCUAUGCUGCCAGUGUUUUACAUUAUCAAAUACAUGAAGUUUGCUAGAGAGCCAAAUCCCUUUGAAUCAAUACAGUACAAUAAAACACUUUUGAUAAGCUUUA